GACUUUACGUUGGAAUAAACCACACGAGGGAUCCAUGCACACAGCCCCUGAAUGGGGGCAGCUCGCUUGCAAUGCGCUCCAGGAAAUAAUGUUAACACCGAUGGCCAGGAAUGCGUCACUGACCAUGAACCACUAUGAGUGGCGCCACCGAAGUCGCACACUCACUCCUGGGAGAAAAGAUCCGGGGCAAUCCCCUCUCCGAGAACGAGAGGAAGAGCCAGCCAGGAAAACGAUGGAAGGGAUCGACACCGAAAACCUGAACGGAUCGGCCACACGCCUGAUGCUGCCAACCAGGAAUACGAUGGAUAAAAUCGACAUCGAACGCCUGUACGUAAUGGCAGCACGCAUAGAACUGCCAAGUGAACUGCCGAAAGCAUGGCUAAGCAACUCACCCAGUGGGCGUGGCUUCCAGGUGUUGUCCACGCAGUGGACCCAGUCGGCGCCCGCGGCGCCCGCGGCGCAGGCGGCGCCAACAGCGCCCGUGGCCCCGCGGCGCCGGCGGGGCUGGUGGCGCCCGCGGCGCACGCUGCGCACGCGGCGCCGACGGCGCCCACGGGGCCCGCGGCGCCGACGGCGCCCGCGCGCCCCGCGGCGCGGGCGGCGCCGGGGCGCCCGCGGCGCCGCGGGCACCCGCAAACGCCCGCGGCGCCCACGGCGCCCGGCGCCCGCGGCGCAGGCGGCGCCAACAGCGCCCGUGGCCGCGGCGCUGGCGGGGCUGGUGGCGCCGGCGCGCUGGUGGCGCCCGCGGCGCUGCUGGCGCUGGUGGCGCCCGCGGCGCUGGCGGCGCAGGCGGCGCUCGCGGCGCCAACGCACGGUGCGCCAGCGGCGCCGCGGCGCCCGCGCGCCCGCGGCACCCGCAACGCCCGCGGCGCCCACGGCGCCCGCGGCGCCCGCGGCGCAGGCGGCGCCAACAGCGCCCGUGGCCCCGCGGCGCUGGCGGGGCUGGUGGCGCCGGCGCUGGUGGCGCCCGCGGCGCUGCUGGCGCUGGUGGCGCCCGCGGCGCUGGCGGCGCGCGCGGCGCCAACAACGCACGGCACCCGCGAUGGCGCAGGCGGCGCCCGCGGCGCCCGCGCGCCUGCUGCGCCUGCGGCGCCCGCCGCGCCCGCGGCGCCGGCGGUGCCCGCGGCGCGCGCGGCGCCCGCGGCACGAGCCGCGCCCGCGGCGCCCGCGGCGCCCGCGGCGCCCUCGGCGCCCGUGGCGCCAGCAGCACUUGCGGCGCCGGCGGCAGAGGCGACCGCUCACGCCGCAGCCGCCGCCGCGACACGGGCCUCCAUCCCACGGACUGGGGCGCGCAUCUGA